UCCAACGUUUCGUUAUUCCUCCUCGCAACCGUUUUCAGUUUCCGGCCACCGGCGAGCACCAAGAACAGCUCAACCCGGUAACUUACCUCUCUUUAACCACGAAAUGCCACGUCACUGGUCACCGCCACUUUCAGUUCUAGCUGCAUUUUCACUCUGCUAUUCCUCUGCUCUAUUUCCCUUCUCCCAUGGCGGUUCUCAAACUCCCUUCUCUCAAAUUCCUCCCAUCUCAGAGUGGAGAAAUGAAGACUAUUAUUCUGGUGGGGAGCUUGGUUGGGGAAGUCCUAAGGGGUCUGUUGCUGAAGGACCCGUAAUGGAGCCUGUUGAGCACUCGUUGUUUGUGUUGGCAGCUGAAAGAACUCGAAGAAAAGAUCCUCUUAGUGGGUUUCAAGUUUAUACUAAUGGGUGGAAUAUCAGUGACCGACAUUAUUGGGCUUCUGUUAGCUUCACUGCAGCUCCAUUGUUUGCUGUUGCUGCAGCCUGGCUCUCGGGGUUCGGCCUUUGCUUAUUCGUCGUUUCUCUUUGUUACUUCUGUUGCGAAAAACGCUCAUACAGCUAUUCUCGAACCGCUUAUGCUCUUUCACUACUCCUCCUCAUUAUGUUCUCCAUUUCAGCAAUCAUUGGAUGUGUCAUUUUAUACACUGGUCAAGCAAGGUUUCACAAUAGUUCAUCAAAAACAUUGGAAUAUGUUGUAAGUCAAGCGGAUUUCACUGCUCGAAAGCUUCGGGAUGUAUCGGAUUACUUUGCUGCAGCCAAGCAGACCGGAGUCGAUCAAGUGUUCUUGCCUUCUGAUGUUCAAACUGAUAUCGAUCAAAUCGAGAUCAAGAUCAACUCUUCUGCUAGUGUUCUUGAUGAAAAAACUGUUCAUAACUCAAAUGACAUAAAAGAUCUCCUUGAUUCUAUUCGUCUGGCUCUGAUAAUCGUCGCCGCGAUCAUGCUUUUGUUGACGUUUCUUGGAUUUUUGUUCUCCAUAUUUGGUAUGCAAGUUCUUGUGUACAUCCUGGUGAUAACUGGUUGGUUACUCGUCACCGGGACGUUCGUCUUAUCUGGCACGUUUCUUGUUCUUCACAAUGUGGCUGCAGAUACUUGUGUCGCAAUGGACCAAUGGGUCCAGAAUCCGAGCGCCUACACGGCCUUAGACGACGUUCUUCCUUGUGUCGAUAAAGUGACUGCUCAAGAAACCCUGGUAAAAAGCAAGGAAGUGAGUGCACAACUCGUCGAUUUGAUCAACGAGGUGAUCACCAAUGUCUCGAACAUAAAUUUUUCGCCGAACUUCAAACCGAUGUACUUCAACCAAUCCGGUCCCGUUAUGCCAACGCUCUGUAACCCGUUUCACCAUCCGGACUUGACACCGAGAACUUGCUCUUCCGGUGAAGUAGACUUGCAAAAUGCUACACAAGUAUGGGGCAGCUAUGUCUGCCAAGUUUCGCCUACCGGUGAUAUAUGCAUCACGACGGGGCGAUUGACUCCGAGCUUAUACAGCCAGAUGACGAGCGGAGUCAACUUAAGCUAUGCUCUAUCGAACUACGGUCCUACAUUGGUCGAGCUCCAAGACUGCACGUUUGUUCGUCAAACGUUCGAUGACAUCCAUACAAAGUAUUGUCCUGGUUUACAACAAUACAGCAGAUGGGUGUAUGUAGGAUUAGCAACUGUCUCCAUCGCCGUUAUGCUCUCUUUGAUACUAUGGAUUAUAUACGGUCGAGAACGGCGCCACCGUGCUUAUACGAAAGGACUAACUACUAAACCAACCGGGGAAGAGUUGGAGGGAAACAAAGAAUCUUGAAAACAGUAAGUGUAUGAUUAUUUCCACUUAACGUAGCUGAUAUCGAACGAUCGACUUGUACUUUUUUCGUGUAACACGAAUGUAGUAUAAUAUGGCGAGAUUGGCUUCAAUGUCUAGACCUAUCUUUCGUGCAUUCACAACCGA